AUGUCGUCUUUUCCUAUAAGUCAACAACACCAACACCAACAACACCUCACCUCUGCUUCUUUGAAGAGGAGGAAGAGGAGGAGGAGGACGACGAGCACGCGACGCGUAAAACUCCUUUUCGCGUGUUUUCUGUUCUCCUUUUCCUCCUGCUCGUUCGUUCGCGCGUUUUCUUUCUUAAAGUCCUCGUUCACAGAUGUGAUGAAUUUGAAUUCGAAUUCAUCGAUGUCAGAUCUGGGAAAGGAAGAGAAACGCGACGCGAGUACUGUUGCGGAGGAUUCUUCUUCGGGUAAAGCGGAAGAGAAGGAAGAGAAACGCGACGACGCGAGUACUACUGCGGAGGAUUCUUCUUCUUCUUUUUCGGCGGAGAUCGACGCGACGACUUCAUUAAUCGCGAAGAAAGCGAAAGAGUUGGAGCAAACGUUAAAGUUGUUCGAGAGGCAACGCAUGGAUUUACAUUCACCUUCAAAGGAAGAGACUCCUUCUUACGUCAAGUUUGAAAGACGGCCGAGACGAGUGCUUGGAGAUUUCAACACGUCGGAUUGGAAAGCGGGGCGAGCGACGUGGUACGGCGGGCCCUCGGGACCUGGGCCAGACGGGAUGAGCAUUUACACGGGUUCGUGCGGCUACGGCCAAGAUCUCGGGAAUCACUUCAUCACCGCGGUACAAACGGACGGCGGCUACGAUUACGGUUUGACCGAGGAGUGCGGGAAGUGCAUAGAGGUGGUCUGCGUGAACGGUCCCACGAGAGGUUUCGAAUGGUCUGAACUUGGGAAGUGGGCUGGAUGUCAAGAACCGGCGGUAAAAUCGGUCGUCGUGAAGAUUACGGAUUCGUGUCCGUGUAAUCAUCCCAACGAAGGCAAUAAACGUUGGUGUUGCGGCGAUCGCGAACACUUGGAUUUGUCCUACGCGGCGUUUGAUCAAAUCGCGAUACGCCAUCGGGGCGUCGUGGACUUGAAAUUUCGCCCGGCUUCGUGCAAAGACCAAGGGAAGGUCGUGUCGUACUAUUAA